CUCUCCCACCCCUGAGGAACUUCAGCUCAGGAGGAAGAUGAAAGAAAGUGUCAUUGAAGAACAUUUAUAUUUGGGUUUUUCUCAUCAGUCCAGCGAUAGCAUCUUUCCUCUUCAUACAUCUAUUUCACUCUUUUUGCUAUCCUACUGCGACUGCAAAUUAUUCAAAGUUUUCUUAGUGCCAACUGGUGAAAAUGUGGAUGGUCAGUUUGUGGCAAAAAACCUCCCUGGUGAUCUUGAGGUCCAUGUUAUCUCCAGAUGUCAGCUUCCAGUCGUUGUGCAGAGCUGCUGUUUUCCUGCUGUUGUUGUGAAAGAUGGCAACUUCUGCCGAGCUGGUCUUUCUGUUGUCUUAAGGCAUAUAAUUCAGAAAACAUAUGAGGCAGAUCCAUCUAAAAAGGAUGUUUUGGAACUCCUGGGCUUUAAGAAGACCUGCUUAAAAGCCUGUGCUGAAGUUAGCCAGUGGACCAGACUUUGUGAGAUCAGCAUACCCCAGGCUGUUGAAGGAUUUUUGAUGGCAUCUCCUGAGAACUGUCAGCCUAUUCCUCCUGACAUUUUACAGCUUGAAAGGAAGCUCGGAGAACCUGUCCGGGUGCAUAAUGAUGACAAAAUUCGAAGGCAAAAACUUCAGCAACAGAAGGCAGGUGCCAAGACUGCAGUGUCUGUGCUUGGUGAAGAAGCAACAGAGGAAGGAAAAACAGUGGAAACACAUGAACUUCCAAGUUUGGAACUGAGCCUAGCUUUCUCCAAGCUACUUGUCCAGGAAGUACCAGAUGCAGUCAACAGGGAGGCCUCUGACAUCAGGAGGACAAAAACCUCUGACCUUCCACUGCUGGACCACAUUUUUGCAGAAGGGCUUUAUUUUACCUUGGCAGAUAUAGUGCUUUUGCCAUGCAUCCAUCAGUUCCUGGUUUCCAUCAAAAAACAAGGCAAAAAUCUGGUAAAUUUGCCUCUGAUAUCCAAUUGGUAUCAAAGAGUUCAAGAAGUACCUGGAGUAAAGAAAGCUGCUGGCAAAUGCAACAUGGACUUUCUCCAGCUUCCAGAGUUGAUGUCUGCUUCAGAACAGCUGCAAGACCUUUCUGCAGUUCCUGAUGCAGUAGCAGAAGAGAAUGAAGACAGUCAUUUUAUAGGUGGUCCAAGGCCAACUGUGACAAAGUUAAUGGAAAAUGGUAUUGAAGCAAAGUUUUCUCCUCAUCCAUGCCCCAACUGGACACUAGACUGGACCAGUCUACCAUCUGCUGUCAGUCCUGGAGAAGGAAAGAUGUCUGGAGACAGGGCCCUGAGGAAGCAGCAGCAGUUGAAUAAUUUGGUAGCAGCUGUGACAAAACUUGCUAAGCCUGGAGAUGUGAUUGUGGAUUUUUGCAGUGGAGGGGGCCAUGUUGGAAUUGUUCUAGCUCACAUGAUGCCAUCGUGUCAGGUGGUACUCAUAGAAAAUAAGGAGUUGUCUCUGAUCCGUGCUAAAGACCGAAGUGAUGAACUGGGUUUAAAAAACAUUUGGUUCAUUCAAGCAAACUUGGACUAUUUUAAUGGGUCUUUUAACAUUGGGGUGGCUCUGCAUGCAUGUGGUGUGGCAACAGACAUGGUGAUGGAGCACUGCAUCAAGGCACAAGCAGCCUUUGUCAUCUCCCCUUGUUGUUAUGGCUUCAUUCAAAACACAGUCAAGUUCAAGUAUCCACGAAGUCAUCAGUUCAAAGACACUUUGUCCUAUAAGGAGCACAUGAUGCUUUGCAGGUUUGCAGAUCAGACAGCUGUCCAGCUUCCACCUGAACGCAGGCUAAUUGGGAAGCAGUGCAUGGGGCUUGUGGAUCUGGAUCGGGCAUGGGCUGCAGAAGAACAUAACUACUCUGUCCAAGUCAUAUCCAUGGUGCCAGAGAGUUGUUCUCCAAAGAACAACAUGAUUGUGGGCAUCCCUGCUUAGAGUGUGAAACUUCCAUCUGACUUGAGCAUAAAUCUUCAGUGCAUAAUGACAUCCAGCAGAUACAAACAUAGCUGGGAACCAGGCAUCACCCAUCUUGAACCCAUUUCAUUUGGAAAAGGAAACAGCACCAAAAAUCUUGGAAAUUCGGCUGCAUGCAGAACCUCACAAAUUGUACUUAUAAUGUGUUAUUAAGCAACUCUUGGUUCUCUUACUCAGAAGUUUCUGGAUCUAACAAUUACCUGUGGAAUCAAACCCAUCUGUAAAGGUCUAGGAAAAGGUUGGUCUCACUGAAGGGAAGGUGAUUUCCUUUUAAGUAAAACAACCUUGGCUUCUUCAAAACUGCAUUCAUGGUCAAAACUGCCUUUGUGUCCAUAAGCAGAGAAGUUAUCAUCUAAUAAUGCAGAUCAGAGGAAUAGAAAAGAUCAAAUUUAUGGUGUAAGUCAAGACACUACACUGUGCAACAGGUGGUGGCUUGACUGCU